UAUAUAUUUAGAGAGAGAAAACAAUAGAAUGAUGGAGGAAAAGAAGAGAAGAGAGAGAUAAUAGGGGAGGAGACGAGCAGAGCACGCAUCCUUAUGGGACUUUGACAACAAAAGAUCAACCUAAACUUUUGCAAUUCGGACAUUAUCUGUCUUCAUACAUAAGCCUUCCCACCUUCUUAUUUACUUCAUCAACAAUCAUAUCCAUUUAGUUGUACGCACGCAUAAUACCCAUUUCAAGAAUUCUCAAGUAGGUGGGUGGGUGGGUUGGGUCUGUUAUUUUCUGGGAAUUUUGUUGAGACAAUCAAAUUAAGAUGAUGACAAUGGAAGGGAUGAUGGAGAGAGGAGUAUUGGAAGAUAUAAUAAGAAGGCUAUUGGAAGGGAAGGGAGGGAAACAGGUUCAGCUUUCUGAGUCUGAGAUCCGCCAGCUUUGUGUCAACGCUCGCCAGAUUUUCCUCUCUCAACCCAAUCUUCUCCAACUUCGUGCCCCCGUCAGGAUUUGUGGUGACAUACACGGGCAAUACCAAGAUCUUUUAAGACUUUUUGAGUAUGGUGGCUAUCCUCCUGCUGCACACUACCUUUUUCUUGGGGAUUAUGUAGAUCGAGGCAAACAGAGUUUGGAAACAAUAUGUUUGCUACUGGCUUACAAAAUAAGGUACCCCGAUAAGAUCUUCCUUCUUAGGGGAAACCAUGAAGACGCAAAAAUCAACAGGGUAUAUGGAUUUUACGAUGAGUGUAAAAGGAGAUUCAAUGUCCGGCUCUGGAAGAUAUUCACGGACUGCUUUAAUUGUUUGCCUGUUGCUGCACUUAUAGAUGAAAAGAUCCUUUGCAUGCAUGGUGGUCUUUCUCCGGAGCUAAAAAAUUUGGAUCAAAUAAAUGAAAUUCAGCGGCCAGCUGAGAUUCCAGAUAGCGGCUUGCUCUGUGAUCUGUUAUGGUCUGAUCCUGACUCUAGAAUUAAGGGAUGGUCAGAAAGUGAUCGAGGUGUUUCAUGUACUUUUGGACCUGACGUAGUUGCCGAAUUUUUGGCAAAGAAUGACUUAGACCUCAUCUGUCGAGGCCAUCAGGUGGUGGAGGAUGGAUAUGAAUUCUUUGCUAAGCGAAGACUUGUGACAAUAUUUUCUGCUCCCAACUAUGGCGGGGAAUUUGACAAUGCAGGUGCUUUAUUGAGUGUCGAUGAGCAACUAGUAUGUUCUUUUGAAAUAUUAAAACCGGCGUUACCUAGCAGUUCAAAGUUACCUCUUAAGAAGCCACCGAAGGUCUGAGCGAUUUGAUUCAUUAGAAAGUGUAGAUGAAGAUUUAUCCAGUAAAUAGUCAAGCCUGCCAAGCAUUAUUCUUGAUUCCUUUGUUCGUGGGCGAGCUUUUCAUGUCCAAGGCUAUCCUACUCAGCCAUUCUAAAAGCGGAUGUGGAUUUGAAGCUUGCAUACAGAUCAGGAGAAUCUGCAAACUGCAACAUAAGAUAUUUUCUGAUGAUCCCGAGACACUUCAGUUGGUAACUUUAGACAUUUUUUGUUUACUGCUUGUAUUGACUAGCAUUCAGAAUUUGACAUUGCUGAUUGGGAAUGAGUAACAUUAGUGUCUGUUAGGCUACAAGUUCUGUAAGAUUAUAAGCUUUAUUUUGAUGAUAAUAUAACCAUUUUGUGGCUGCAAUGACAACUUUUUGGCGGA